UCUUGAGCGUUUUCUAACCAUGAUUUUAUUAGGAAAGGUUCUGAUAUCUUCGUUUUGAUAAUGACUGGGAAAACUCCAAUUUUUGCAUCAACGGUUAUUGCUUUAGGUGCACUGACAUGGUGGGUUUUUCGGAAAAGAAUGAAGAAACGUGUAAAGAAACCUCGUAUGAAGUUGUAUUGGUUUGACAAUUUCCGUUCAAAGCGAUGCGAAUGGCUUCUUGCUGAACUGGGAGCUUUGCAGGAUGUUGAGUUUGUGUGUAUGAACCCUCGUAAUCCUAACCAGGAAGAACUAGCUCAGUAUCGUACGAUCCAGCCUCACGGGACAGUGCCGUGUUUGGAGAUAGAAGGAAAGGAGGCGAUCAUAGAGUCAGGAGCCAUAUGUUUGUAUCUUGCUGAUAUCUAUGGCAAAUUGGGUCCGCAGCAGGACAAUGCAGCUUACUAUAAUUGGAUAGCAUAUUGUAUAGCAACAUUGGACGAGACAAUGGAAGCUCUGUUUAUACAAUGGGUAUAUACAAAGGCGGAAGAUCAAAAUGAAGAACUGAUUGAUAAAAAGCUGCUGAAAUUUCAUUCAUUUGCCAAGUAUUUAAGCAAGCAUAUGAGCAAUAGAGAUUUCCUUUGCGGCAAUAGAUUGAGUGCUGCUGAUUGCGUGCUAGGUUAUAAUUUAUGGUGGGCAAUGGCGAUGAAAGAUGGUGUCCUCCUUGAGAAAUACCCUGUUUUACAGAACUACUACAGCAGGCUUAGCAGAAGGAGCACGUUUCAAAGAGUUUUCACUGAAAAUUCUUGAUCAUUGAUCAUUUAAUAACCAAAUUACUUUUGCAAUAGUUUUUAUAUCGAAUAUAUACCUAAAACUUUUAGAUUAGUAAGGUUUGAUUUUUAGAUUUACAGUGGGAUUUUUAUUAUAUUAUUCAUAAAAUUUAAGUUAAGCUUUCAAUUAAUUUUUGUUCAUUUUGCAUUGAAAAAUAUUUUUGUUAAUCUGUUGAUUGUUAUACAUGUAUAUACUUUGAGUCUUGCUGAAAUGAAUUGCAUUUCUGACUGUUUCACAGUGUUAAGCCUUCAGAUAAAGUGUUGAUUUUGAUAAAUCUAGAUUUUGUAUUUAUCUUUUUGGAAUGUUUUAACAGUUAUAUAGUUUUUGUUUUCUUUUUAUGCUCCCUGUAAUUUUGUUUGAACAUAUGUAGUUGUUAGGUUGUCCUUCCAUAUUUCCCUCUGUCCUUUUUACUGUUUACCUUAGAACUUGCAUUUAUUGACUUAUAUUUUAUACAUUUGAUGUCUUGCCACCUACACUGGACUUUCACUGUUGAUUAGGGCUUUGGGUAUGAAUGAAGGUCAUACGGAGAUUUUACACCUGGAGGAAGACCUCAGUUGCACUUCUGAGCACAAGCAAGUAAGGCUCCCACGGUUAAACGGAUACGUUUCGAUUUUCAUUCCUAAACGUUUACGAUAUCUUUUACCGUUUAAUCGAAAUGACCAUAUUGUCUUACGGAAUAUCUUAAUCAUUGCCUGUAAUCACGGCUUUUAUCAAUUCCAAUUGGUUUAUUCCAAAGUAAAAAUGGAAAAUGGGUGUUUACAACCCUCCGAACAGCAUCACCGUGCAAUAAUCGCUUGUGGCAUAAUACAUUUUUGGUAAAGUUGAUUUUCCUUUGAUCUUUCAAAAGAGCGAAAUUGGGACACAAUGCAGAAAAUGUGUGCCGACACAAUCGUGAUGAGCCCUGGACAUUAUUUAUUUGUAUAUGUAUUAAAAAUAGAAAGUAUGUCAUCAUUUGCCGACUCGAAUACAUGGUGUAGUAUAGUACAUAGAAGUACCACCGUUUAAACGGUAUCGUUUCGGUUCUUAGCAAUCGUGUAAACGUUUACAGAAAAUUGUAAACGUGGGAGCCUUACAAGCAAGUACCAGAGUAGAACAACCGAGGUUCUGCAAGCUAGUUAAAUAGUUUUCUCACAUUACAGAAUCACAGCGAUGAGGGAAAGUGGAUGUGCAAUAUAAGAUAUACAAUGUAGAUUUCUAUUUUUUAAAUGAAACGGGUCUUCUUUGUUUAAUAUCACGAAGUGUUGUCUAUUGAAUAUUUUUUACUUUGACAUAUAAAUAUUAUUACAGAAUGCAAAUUAUGAAUUUUCCUAUAUUUCUAUGCCAAA